AUGACGACGGCGACUGUAUCACUACUAUCUGCAGAAAAAGGGAAAGCGUUUACCGUCGGCGGAGAGAAUUUACCAUCCGGGUCCAUGUUUCCAUCCUCAAAUGAGAAGUUCUUUAACGAUGAAGAUGAAGAAGAAGAACGAUAUACGACAAAAGAUUUGGUGUUGGACUUUGUCUCACCAAUAGUGGCGUUGCGCGUGGUGAAUAUCGCGUUCAACGGAGGAAUGGGAGGGAGCCCGAAAUGGCUGGAUUAUUUGUGCGUAGCAAGUGUUGGUGUCGUGUUGUGGGUGUUUGCGACGGAUUAUAGCGGGUUAGAUGCCGCGCUGCAUUGA